GGAGGAGGAGGAGGAGGAGGAGGAGGCCCCCAGCAUCACAGAGUUCCACGCCUCUACCCACGUGUUGCCCGUGGGCCAAACGGCCCGCUACACCUGCCACGCCGGCGGCACGCCGGAGCCCACCGUCGAGUGGCUCCACAACGGCAGGCCCCUGGAGGGGGACGGCACAGACGACCAAUCAGAGGCCUGGGUGGAGAGGGGGUUCCUCUUCGUAAGAGGUGUGAGGUCUGGCGUGAAAACGGUCUGCUGCAUGGCGAGCAACAGCGCUGGCACGGCCAAUCACAGCGCUGAGCUGCUUGUCUUUGAUGCCUGUGAACUCACAUUGGACCCCAACACGGCCAACCGAGAACUCCAUCUGUCUGAGGACAACAGGAAGGUGAAGCGAGAUGGAAGGGACCAUUCGUAUCCGGAUCACCCAGAGAGGUUUGACUCCCAGGCUCAGGUGUUGGGUAGAGAGGCUCUGACUGGCCGCUGUUACUGGGAGGUAGAGAGGAAAGGAGAUGUUUUUAUAGGAGUGACUUACAGAGGAAUCACAAGGAGAGGAGGGGGUUAUGAAAGCCUGCUUGGAGCGAACAACAAGUCCUGGAGUCUUGAUUGUUAUGAUCAUGGUUACUAUGCCUGGUACAACAAUACAGAGACAUUCAGAGGUCUCCCACCCCCCUCUGGCUCCACCAGAGUAGGAGUGUAUCUGGACCGGCCUGCUGGCACUCUGUCCUUCUACAGAGUGUCCCCAGGUGGAGGAGGGUCCUCAGACACACACAUCCACACCUUCCAGUCCACCUUCACCCAGGAGGACCUCCUCCCUGGGGUUGUGUUAGCGGGGGGUGCUUCAGCGUCUUUGUAUCAGUUGUAGAAAAGGCUCUCUCUCUCUCUCUCUCUCUC